GUAGCAUCCUCAUCGUGGCACCGGCGAUGAGAUGGCGGUGAGCGGAAUGAGCUGCAACAGCCUCUUCCCCACGGGGUACGAGACAGAUGACUAGAUCUGGCUUGUUCCCCUCAAUCGCCACCCAACUCGAACUCGCCCCCGACUCAACUCUGCUCCAACAUUCUCUCUCGACUCGCUUGCUCUUCCCGUUCAUUUGUCGAUAACUUGUACUCACACCUCGAGGCCCGACUAUCUCAUCUUGUGCAUUGCGCCACUUCUUUCCCUCUCCCUCUAAUGGACGCCAUCGCUCUGCAGGAGGACGAGCUCACCACCCUGGAGUCCAUCUACCCAGGCCUUAUCGAAACCAAUCGCCGCGACACGGGAUACGUACUGGACAUCUGCGUUCCAAUCACCCUUGCCCAUCCUACGCCAACGCGGCUUACAACACCGCGGACGCCGCACUCCUCUCCACCACCAUCAGCCGAUCUGCUUCUGACCCGCCUGCCACCAUUGUUGGCGCGUCUUGAACUUCCCUCCGCCUAUCCCACUAGCGAGCCGCCGCGUGUGGUGAGCCUCCGCGCUCCACUGCCAGCAGCCUCGGGAGCAUGGCUGAGUCGCCGGGUCCUCACAUGCGCACAAGAGCGUUUGGGCAAGUUCUGGGCGGAUGAGGCAGUUGGCGGCGAGUGCGUCGGCGUGCUGUGGAGCUGGUGGGAGUGGCUUGCGAGCGGCGAGUUUCUCAUUGAGGUGGGCCUCCUCGCUGACCAAGCCUUGGUACUGUCAACCCCGCCCCGUUUGCCGCCGUCCACCUUCCACCUUCUCCUGAAGAAGCACGAUGCCGCCGUCGCCCGAGCAGACUUUGAGGAGACGGCUUUCUCCUGCGCUAUCUGCUUCGAGAACCGCAAGGGUAAAAAGAGCGUGCAGCUGCCGAAGUGCGGGUGCAUUUUUUGCUACUCUUGCCUGAGCUCCUUUUGGAAUCUUGCUAUUACGGAGGGGACGCUCGAGAACGUCGCCUGUCCGAGUAUCGAUUGUGUGAAGGCGCGUGCAUCUGAGAAGGUCGACCACGCUGCCGGUGCUUUUGCUGAACAGAGGGCCGACGGCAUCGGAUCCGAAGUAGUGGCAUCCGUUGUUGGGCAAGAGAUGGCCGACAGGUGGCAGAUGCUGAGUGAGAAACGGCUUGUUGAUUCAAACCCCGAGUACACCUUUUGUCCGCGUGAGGCAUGCCAAGCAGCCGUGCCGCCGAGUACGACAACUCCAGCGACGCCAAAGGCAACGCCUAAAAUUCCGUCCAAAGUGAUCCGCCUCGACAUCCGCCGCCCGGAAGCCGAAAGCAAGCCAGAAAAAACGAAGAUCAGGCAAGACACAGACCCCGACGAGGCCAGCAAUUUGUGGGACAACUGCCGCAGGUGCCCAAAGUGCCACUACACCUUCUGCCUUGUCUGCCGGGCAGUGUGGCACGGCGUGCACUCGCCAUGUCAGUUCAGCGACAUCGAGGGCGUAAUCAAGGAGUACCAAGAUGGCGACGAGGAGUCGCGUGCGAGGAUGGAGAAACGCUUGGGCGUCAAGGGCACCGAGGCCCUCCACGCCCUCAUUCGUGAACACGACCGCGAGGCCAAAUUCCGGCAGUGGGUGCGCGACAACGCCGCGACGUGUCCUACUUGCAGUGCGAGCAUUCAGAAGAUCGAGGGCUGCAACCACAUGACAUGCACGUUGUGCUCCACGCACUUCUGCUACCGGUGCCAUUCGGCAAUCAGCCCCUCCGACCCCUACCAGCACUUCCGCGAGGGGAGCGAGAACCCGAACUGCGUGGACAGGCUGUUCGACUACGUCUUUCCUGAUUAGCUGAGGUCCUUGCCACGGGGCAGCUGAGAGGUGAACUUGUACACGAUUCCAUCAACAACAGGUAGUUAUCAUUUGAAUCAUGGCAUGUGCAAUUACCAGUGUACAACUAGCUCAGCAGCUCGCGCGCUGCGGCUCUAGCCACAUUACCCCUUCUAUGAA